GAGUGGCUUUGUGGAACUAAGAGGAAAACAUUAGCCUUCUUCUCGGCUUCACUUGGACAUUUCUAAGCCUCAUUUCUUGAUCUUGGACGGGACGCAGGACAAAGUGAGGACGCGCGGUUAUAAUAUGAUGGACAGCUAGCAGGACAACGGGGAGAAGAUGACAUUCUUUGGCCUGGACUGUUUAGCCAAGAAAGAAAGAGAGCUGGAGAGAAAACUCCGAGCCAAUGACAGAGAGUACAACCUGUCCUUUAAGUACGCUACAAACGCCAUCAAAACCUCAAAAUACAACUUCUUCACAUUCCUACCUCUCAACCUCUUCGAGCAGUUUCAGAGGAUCGCCAAUGCCUAUUUCCUGUUUCUGCUCGUGCUACAGGUGAUUCCUGCCAUCUCGUCUCUGUCCUGGUUUACCACUGUUGUGCCUUUAGUCCUUGUGCUGACAGUCACUGCUGCUAAAGACGCCACUGACGAUAUUAAUCGCCAUAGGAGUGAUAAUCAAGUCAACAACCGCAAAGUUCAAGUCCUUAUCAACAGAAAAUUGCAAAAUGAAAAAUGGAUGAAUGUGCAGGUGGGAGACAUAAUCAAAUUAGAAAACAACCAAUUUGUCACAGCUGAUCUUUUAUUACUCUCGAGCAGCGAACCACUCAACUUAGUCUACAUCGAAACGGCCGAGUUGGACGGAGAAACCAACCUAAAAGUGAAGCAGGCCCUCCCUGUGACCGGUGACCUUGGAGAUAACAUUGAAAAACUUGCAGACUUUAAUGGUGAAGUACGAUGUGAACCCCCAAACAACCGUCUCGACCGCUUCACAGGAACACUAACGUUUGCUGGUCAGAAAUAUUCACUUGAUAAUGAGAAGAUUUUACUGCGAGGAUGCACUUUGAGGAACACAGACUGGUGCUUUGGGCUGGUGCUGUUUGCAGGUCCAGAGACCAAACUAAUGCAGAACUGUGGCAAAAGUACUUUCAAGAGGACCAGUAUCGAUCGACUGAUGAAUAUAUUAGUCCUGUGUAUAUUUGGUUUCCUGGCGUUCAUGUGCACCGUUCUGGCCAUUGGGAACUGCAUCUGGGAACUGAAUGACGGCUCCCAGUUCACAGUUUUUCUGCCUCGACAAGAAGGAACCAGUGCGACUUUCUCUGCUUUCCUCACCUUUUGGUCCUACGUCAUCAUCCUCAACACUGUAGUGCCUAUUUCUCUUUAUGUCAGUGUGGAGAUUAUUCGACUUGGGAACAGCUUCUACAUCGAGUGGGACAGGAAGAUGUAUUACGCUCGGAAUGACACCCCCGCAGAGGCCCGGACCACCACUCUGAAUGAAGAGCUCGGACAAAUCAAAUAUGUCUUCAGUGACAAAACAGGAACGCUGACCCGAAAUAUUAUGACCUUCAAUAAGUGCUCUAUCAAUGGAAAAACAUAUGGUGAUGUGUUUGACUAUAUGGGCCAAAGACUUGAAAUUACAGAGCACACGGACACGGUGGACUUCUCCUUUAACCCUCUUGCUGAUACGCGCUUUCAGUUUCAUGAUCACUCUUUGGUUGAAGUGGUGAAGCUGGAGAAUCCUGAGGUCCAUGCCUUUUUCAGACUGCUGGCCCUCUGUCACACGGUCAUGGCUGAGGAAAAAACAGAAGGAGAGCUGGUCUAUCAGGCCCAGUCCCCAGAUGAGGGAGCACUGGUCACAGCCGCCCGAAACUUUGGCUUUGUUUUCCGCUCACGAACACCUGAAAGUGUUUCCAUUGUGGAAAUGGGGAAGCCGCGCACUUACGACCUUUUGGCGAUCUUGGAUUUCAACAAUGUUCGCAAGAGAAUGUCUGUGAUAGUCCGAAGUCCAGAAGGGAAACUUUCACUUUACUGUAAAGGCGCAGACACAAUCAUCUAUGAAAGACUGCACCAGUCCUGCAGCAAACUGAUGGAUGUCACCACAGAACACCUCAAUGAGUUUGCAGGGGAGGGGCUCCGGACUCUGGCCUUGGCCUACAAGGAUUUAGAUGAAGAAUAUUUGAGCGAGUGGCAGCAGCGCCACCAUGAGGCCAGCACUGCCCUGGAAAACCGUGAGGAGAAACUGGACGAGCUCUAUGAAGAGAUAGAGAAAGACCUAAUGCUUCUUGGUGCAACAGCGAUUGAAGACAAGCUACAGGACGGAGUUCCUCACACCAUCGAACAGCUCGCCAAAGCAGACAUCAAAGUCUGGGUUUUGACCGGUGAUAAGCAAGAAACUGCAGAGAACAUAGGCUACUCUUGUAACCUGCUGCGAGAGGAGAUGAAUGAUGUUUUCAUCGUCUCAGGAAACUCCCCUGAGGAUGUCAGGCAGGAGCUGAGAAAUGCAAGAACUUCCAUGAAACCAGAUGCAGUAGACGAUUCGGCGUUUCUAGCAGAGAGGAGCAGAAUUAAAAGACCCAAAGUGAUGACGGACGAGGUGGUCAAUGGAGAGUAUGGAUUAGUCAUCAAUGGACACAGCCUGGCCUACGCUCUGGAGCACAGCAUGGAGCAGGAGUUUCUGAGGACGGCAUGUAUGUGUAAGGCAGUCAUCUGCUGCAGGGUCACUCCUCUACAAAAGGCUCAAGUGGUGGAGCUGGUCAAGAAGUACAAACAGGCCGUUACAUUGGCUAUUGGGGAUGGAGCUAAUGAUGUUAGCAUGAUCAAAGCGGCUCAUAUUGGCGUGGGCAUCUCUGGUCAGGAGGGCAUGCAGGCUGUACUGUCCAGUGACUACUCCUUUGCCCAGUUCAGAUUCCUGCAGCGCCUCCUGCUGGUGCAUGGACGCUGGUCAUAUCUGAGAAUGUGCAAGUUUCUGCGAUAUUUCUUCUACAAGAACUUCACAUUCACUUUUGUGCACUUCUGGUAUGCCUUCUUCUGCGGCUUUUCUGCCCAGACGGUCUACGAUGAGUGGUUCAUCACACUCUACAAUCUGGUCUACACUGCUCUCCCUGUGCUGGGAAUGAGUCUGUUUGAACAGGAUGUGAACGACGCAUGGAGUUUCCAGCAUCCUCAGCUCUAUGUCCCUGGUCAGCUCAACCUGUACUUCAGUAAAAAGGCCUUCUUCAAGUGUGCCCUCCACAGCUGCUAUAGCUCCUUGGUCCUGUUCUUCAUCCCGUACCUCUCCAUUUUUGACACAGUGAGGGAUGAUGGGAAAGAUGUGGCAGACUAUCAGUCAUUUGCCGUUUUAACCCAAACCUGCCUGAUGUUUGCUGUCACCAUUCAGUUGGGAUUUGAGAUGACAUACUGGACGGCUGUUAACACACUUUUUGUGAUGGGCAGUCUGGUCAUGUAUUUUGCCAUUACUUUCACAAUGUACUGUAAUGGGUUAUUUCUCAUGUUGCCUGCAGCUUUCCCGUUUAUAGGAACAGCUCGGAACUCCUUUAACCAGCCAAACAUCUGGCUGACUAUUGUCCUGACAUCGCUCCUGUGUAUUCUCCCUGUGGUCACUCACCGCUUCCUUAUGGUUCAGCUUUACCCCACGAUAAACGACAAGGUGAUGUUCAAGGUGAGACAGGCCAAAACCAAACUGCCUCCUCCGACUCGGCGUGCUCGUAUCCGCCGCACCAGUUCUCGGCGAUCAGGAUAUGCCUUCUCACACGCACAGGGCUACGGAGACCUGGUCACCUCAAACAGGUUCUUGCGGCGUCCUGCUGUGUCCCGCUCCUCUGGCUUCACUCACGCGGGUCGAACCACAGGCUUCAGCCCAAUGGGCCGCUCGGCUGGGUACAGUCCCACAGGACGUCCUCAGAACGCCAAGGUCAAUAAUGUGGAGGUGACAUCGCUGCAGAUGUACAGGACUAUCGGGGAGCCCUCGCUUUGACAAAAGUUUUUGUUAUAAGAAACUUGAAUAAUGAGCCUGGAAAGUGCUCUUAAAUAACACCUUGCUGUGCUUUGUCUUCACAGGAAAACAUUAAAAACUUCUGUUGGACAGAGUUUAAAAUAUCUCUACCUUAGAAAAAAGUUCCCAUGUCUGAGGUCCAGCUCUUGUUUACAGAUUUAUUGCACAGACCUAAACAUUCAAUCAUAAGGGGAAUAACCAGCUAAUUUGCACAUUUUUGUGUUUUGUUUUACCGGAAAUGUUUUUGUCAUACAGCUACAUCAUACAUGCCAAUAAGGCCUAACAAAUAUACACAUAAAGAAUAUUUUUACAAUUCAAAGUGAAUGUUUUUGAAAACGCUCCUUUAUGGAUGGUUUCUACAGAGUAAUUGGACGAUUGCCAAACAUUCCAGCAUUUCAUGGUAUCCAUGAAGGCAAAAUAUACAAAGCAAUUUUAUACCAGUGUUUCAAUGUUUUUAGAUGGAAUUUUCAUAGCACUUUUCAUCAGAAAAAUGUCACUGCCCAAUUUAUCUUUUUUACUUCUUUGGUUAUUCCCCCACUAUAUUUAAUCUAUAAUCAUUUUUAUAAGUUUAUCUGCAUGACAAUCUGAAUUCACAUAUGCAAAGGAUUAAGGGGAGCUCAUGGUUUCUUUUGUAUGUUUUCGCAUUGUUAUAUUUGUAUUAUUUUGUAUCUAUUUAAACUGCAAUAAAAUAUAUACAUUUUCUAAACAUUC